AUGUUCAACGAAUAUUUGAGUGAGAACUUCAAAUUUGAUAGAAAAAUAGGCAGAAGUGAUUGUAGGUUACUAUCGAAAUAUAAAAAAAAUCAGGAUUCAAGUAUUGUUGUAUUAAGAAAAAAGAUACCAUAUAAUAUAAAGAAAGAAAAAAAUAAUGUAUGUAAUAACGAUAAAAGAGAUAAAAGAAGGAAGAAACAAUUGAAAGAAAGUUCAUUAAAUAAAGCAGGAAGUCAUAGAGAAGAUAAGAAAAAUACUUUGUGUAUUUUUAAAACAAAAAAAAAAAAUAUAUUUAAAGAACUUGAUUAUGUGAAUUUUAUUAAAAACAACAGGAUAAUUAGUGAUAAAUUGUAUAAAAAAAUAAUGAGUAAAAAAUAUGGGAUAUGACUAUCCCUACCUAUAUUAUUGUUUCUGUUAUUAUUGAUAUCACUUAUAUUAUAUUUAUUCGUGGGUUAUGGUUUUAUAAAUUGCUUGAGCGCGUUAUUGAAUACAUAUGAUAGUGAUUUUUGGACUUCGUUAAGAGGAAAAUUGAAUUAUAUUUUACGGAAUCAUUGGUCUGAAAUAUUAAGACCAUCUUUCGAAUUGUCAAUAUGGAAAAAUAGCAAAUGGAAAUCGGAAAUCCAUGUAUCGUGUAAUUUAUUUGGUUUUAUAAUAUAUUUCGUACCUUUUAUUAUAUUAGGUAUUACAUUUAUGUCCGGUCUUAUUUACUACAAUAAAAAAGUAAAAAAAAUUGAAAAAAUUAAGUUUAGGAAAAGGUAA